UGCAGGGUGCCAAGCAGCAGCCCAGGCAGAGCCGGGGCGCUGCCCGCCGGCACCCCCAGCACCGCCGCCAGACCUGGGGGGGCAGAUGCGUCCGCAGGUAGCUCCGCAGCAAAGCGUCCUCCAGGACUCAGUGGUGCUCCCCAGCAGGGUCUCCACGGAGCAGCAGUCAGCGGCGCUGGUGAAGCAGCUGUUGGCCAUCUCCGUGUCCUGUGUCACCUACAUGAGGGGACUCUUCCCGGAGAGCUCCUAUGGCACUCGAUAUUUAGACGACCUCAGUCUGAAAAUCCUCCGAGAAGAUAGGAGCUGCCUGGGAUCGCUGCAGAUAGUCAAGUGGAUUCAAGGUUGUUUUGAUGCUUUGGAGAGGCAGUAUUUACACAUCGCCGUGCUGGCAAUUUACACCAAUCCCGAGGAACCGGAGACAGUGACUGAGCUGUAUCAAUUCAAGUUCAAGUACAAAAAGCAGGUGCCCCAAAUGGACAUCAUCAGCAACCAAGAGAAGCUGGUGCAGGGGGCGUGCGGCCAGGACGUUAGCCAGGCCAGCAGGCUCCUGCUCCGCAAGCUCUACCUGCUAAUGCAGAACCUUGGCCCACUUCCCAGUGACAUUACCCUGACCAUGAAGCUCCUCUACUACAGUGAUGUGACCCCAGCAGAUUAUCAGCCCCCUGGCUUUAAAGAAGAUGCCAGCCCUGGUGACCUGCUGUUUGAUGGUGACCCUGUCAACUUGAGAAUGGGGUCAGUCUCCACUGGCUUCCACCUGAUGAAGGUGAGAGUGACAACUGAAAAGAAAAGAAUGGCAGCAGUAGAGAGCAGCCUGAUCCAGAAGAAAGGCCCUACCGAGAUCUCCCAUCAAGGGCUAGACUGUGAUGAAGAGGAAGAGGAGGGCAGCACCAAGAAUCAGCCUCUCCUCGUCAGAGCAGGUUCAAGUGAGUGUGGAGAGGACAAAAGUGAGGCCCAUCCAGGCUGGAAAAUGGAGACAGCUUUUUGCCUUCCAGACACAGGUGGAGAGGAGCUGAUGGGAGUGAAGGAGGUGGGCAGGAUGCGCUCGAGGGCAUCGCAGCAGCGGUUGUUGGGGCAACCUGAAGAACUGGGGCAGAGCAGACAAUGGAACUGUAGAUAAGUAGAGUGCUGUGAAAUAAAUUCCCUCCUGAAGGCUGCCCAGGCCAAACCCUGAGUCAGAACCAGAGCUCCAGUUCAUGGCCUUGUGCAGAGGCUUUUCGGUGACUGGGCAGAUCUCUGAAUACCACCAGGCUUAACCACUUGAUCCUCCUCCCAUUCAAAUGAGCCGAAAAUGGUUCGAGCUUGAGCCUUCAGAAGCUGAAUCUUUAGAGGAGAAGCUAAUGAGAGGAGGAAAUUGCUGCUAACCUUUUCCCACCCCUCCCGCCCGCCUCUGUUGAAAAGAAUCCCGAGGGGGUGCCUAACCCAGACAGCAACUGGAGACUCCCAGCAGAACGUGUCAGCCAGAAGGCAUCUCUGAAGUAUUUGCCUUGACUCUGGAUCUUGGAAAUGAACUUCUAUGCCUAGGCUGCUGUUUUUCAAACUUUAACCACAUUUUUCCCCCCCUUUUGGUCUGACAUCCUCCAGUUUCCUUCUGAUCAUUGUUUAUUCUGCUGUCUGUGUGAAA